AUGCAGGCGUCGGCUUCUCGCAACUCGUCCUCUCAACCGUCUGCUCAGCCUUCCCGCUCCCAGACUCGCCCAUCCUCCGAUAUGAAAAGCCGCGCCCCUCUCCCGGUGCCAUCCGGGCCACAGCAUCUCCAAAACGGCGGCGGGCACUCGCGCAAUCCGUCGGGCUUCGACGUCGCUGCCCGCAGUCCCCCGAACCAGAGCAACACGAAACAUGUGCCCUGCAAAUUCUUCCGGCAAGGCGCCUGUCAGGCAGGACCUGCUUGUCCAUUCCUCCAUUCCACUGAUGCCGCGAUCGAGUACGCUCCCUGCAAAUAUUUCACAAAGGGUAACUGCAAGUUCGGAGCGAAGUGUGCGCUGGCCCACAUUCUGCCCGAUGGACGACGAGUCAACCGGCCUACCGGCGGAGGCAUGGGAAUGGGUAGUGGCCAUCUCAACCUAGGCGGCCGGGUCAAUCCACAGGCGUAUAUCAAUCAAGAUUCGGCAUUGACGAACUCGGUGCUCUCGCAGCAACGCAUGAACGGCCACGAUAGUCGCUAUGUAUCCCAGCUCCCUACGCAAGAAGAAUUCGCCGCACUACAGUCGCAGCAGCCGCCGCCGUAUGACACUAUCCCUUCGAUCGAUACCGGAUUGGCCUCAGAUGCUGGGUCAAAGUAUGGCUCGCCCGUCGAAGAGCUGCGAUUCCCCAUGUCUCCGAGCCACAAACAAUACCUCACCGCUCUUGAUGCGCCGCUUCCCGCAUCAUUCGAUAGUCAAGGAAUUUCACAUGCCGCUCGUUAUGGCCCGGUGGCUGCUUCUGUACCGUCCAGGUUCGGCCUAGAGCUAUCCUCUCCCCCUGCACAGAGGAACCCCCCUUCGGAUGCGCUCCGGAAUCUUCGCGACGCUGCCUAUGGCUCGGAUUUGAAGAAGCCGUCCUCCUCCUUCAUUGGCUCAUCACCACCCGGUAUGCUCGAAGAUGGCAUUGGCUCCCGAUUUCUACACUCCUCCCGACCUGUAAAGCCCCGAAUGCUCUCCGCAAGCGUACCUCGACCUACAGCCCUGGAUGACUGGGAGGACAGCAAUUUCCCGAUGGAGGAGGACUAUCUUCCUAUUAACCUUCAUGAUGAUGUUCUCACUCCUCAGGAACGGCUUCGCCGCCUUUCUCGUACGGAUCAUGAACUCAGCUCUAGCCACCGCGAGCUCAGCGGGCUCGGCAUGAGCGGCACCAGCUUCACCAAAGUCAACUCUCCACUCGCGUCCAGUCCUUCUCGAUUUGGUGCCCUGUUCGCGAAGCAGCGUCAGAAGAAGGAGGAAGAGGCUGCUGGAUCUCUCCCACAUCUGGGCUCUCCUCUGCGGGAAUCUUCAAUGGGGGGCUUUGGCAGUCCUAGCCUUGGCCCUAUUGGCAGCCCACCUCGGGCUUCCUCCGCCUCGAUGAUUUCUCAGCAACUCAGCGGCCUAUCUCUACAUCCUUCUUCUGCCCGUCAUACGCCCUCUCUUGGCGCCAAUAGCCGCUUAGAUCGUACCGUCUCGUCACCCGUCGGCACGAGUAAGAUUGAUGAAGAGCAGGGUGAAGGCGAUCUUGUGUUCUCAAUGGAAGAAGAGGAGAACAACAAGCGGAACAGCGCGUCAUGGGCUGCUCCAAAGGCGGUUGCGAGCGAGGAGGUCUCAACGUCGACAAAGGCAUCUGAGUAG